AUGAUGAGCGAGACUUCUUCAAGUCAGGAAAUUUCCGAGGGACUUGCCACAGUCAGAACAGUAGGAAAUGUUUUCUACAAUCCAGUUCAGGAAUUCAAUAGAGAUUUGAGUAUUUCAGUUAUAAAAACUUUCACAAGACUCUUCAAAGAUGAACAAGAGGAAAAAAAUAGCAAGAAGAAAAAUGAGGAUAACAUAGUUGUCACAAUAAAUAAGGAUACAUCUGAGGCUGGUGUCAAAUGUGAAGAUGGUAUCACAAUUUUAGAAGCAUUAUCUGCUACAGGUUUACGUAGCAUAAGAUAUGCAAAAGAAAUACCAGGUGUACGAGAAAUCAUUGCCAAUGAUAUAUCUUUCAAGGCUGCCCAGGACAUAAAAAAUAAUGUUGCCUUGAAUGGAGUUGAAAGUCUAGUUCAACCAAGUCACAAUGAUGCAGUAAUGUUAAUGUAUCAACAUCGAAAAGAGAAGCAAUUUGAUGUAAUAGACUUGGAUCCUUAUGGCUGCCCUACAAUUUUCCUAGACUCUGCAGUGCAGGCAAUAAAAGAAGGUGGGCUGUUACUCAUAACAGCAACAGAUAUGGCUGUUUUGGCUGGAAAUUCACCAGAAACCUGUUACAGCAAGUAUGGGGCAAUAUCAUUGAGGAUGAAGAGUUGCCAUGAAAUGGCUCUCAGGAUUCUAUUACAGUGUAUAGAGUCACAUGCUAAUAGAUAUGGCAGAUAUAUUGUUCCAUUGCUCUCCUUGUCUGCUGAUUUUUAUAUAAGGGUGUUUGUCAGAGUCUAUUCUGGGGCCCAUAAGUGUAAAUUCACUAUAAGCAAACUCUCUCAUGUUUAUCAUUGCACAGGUUGUGACAGUUUCCUUUUACAUCCUCUGGGAAUUCUGAAGAAAAAUGACAAAAAUAAGAAUCAAGUUAAAUUUGGAAUACCCACUGGACCACCAGUUUCUGGAAAAUGUGACCAUUGUGGACAUCCACAUCAUAUUGGUGGUCCCAUAUGGUCAGCUCCUCUGCACUCACCAGAAUUUGUACAGGAAGUUUUCGAUACAGCAUCUGAAAAAUUGGGUACAUUCAGAAGGAUACAAGGAGUUCUUAGUGUGGUUUUGGAGGAAUUAUUAGAUGCACCUCUGUAUUAUACUUUGGAAAGAUUGAGCGGUACUAUACACGUUGAAAUGCCUCCAAUGAUGGCUUUGAGAUCCGCGAUCCUGAAUGCAGGUUAUAAAGUAUCCUUCACCCAUAUGAACAAGACAUCCGUGAAAACGAACGCCCCGCCCAGAAUCGUGUGGGACAUAAUGCGGUGCUGGGCCAAAGCGCAUCCCGUCUCGAAAAAGAGAUUGGUCGACGGUUCGCCGGCUUCACACAUAUUGGCCAUAGAGCCGGAGAAAGACUACUCGUUCGAAAUACGCCCCGACGCCAAUCCGGCGUCUCGGAAGAUGGGGUACGUCAGGUUCCAAGAGAACCCGGCACCGCACUGGGGGCCCGGAUCCAGAGCCACGGCCAUGGUUGGUGAACAGAAAAUCCAAAAAAGUAGGAAUAAUCAGGGAAAGAGGAAAAGGGAAGUCUCACAGGAGAGUACAAUAGAGAAAAUGGAAUGA